CAUGGCGCACAACACUCCCACAGAAGCCACCGGAACGAGCUCAGCCUUGCAACAAAUCCUCAAUGUUUGGAGCCACAUCAAGGUCAAUAGCCCAAUCUACAACUUUCUGCUUAGCGAUGUGGACAUCUACCACGCAGAAGAAGGCACUUUCUCUGCCCGGCUUGAGGUUGGCCCAAAGCAUCUGAAUUCUAAAGGUAGCCUACACGGCGUUUUCUCCGCCUGCGUCACAGACUGGGCUGGUGGUCUGGCAAUUGCUUCAUGUGGUUUGGAAUCAACUGGAGUGAGCACCAACAUUAACGUCAAUUAUUUGUCCACUGCAACCACUGGUGACUGGCUCGAGAUUAGAGGCUAUGCCAAUAAAAUUGGGAAAUCACUUGCUUUUACCACAAUAACCAUCUCGAAACUUACUAGCUCCGGCGAUACUACGCUGGUGGCCCAAGGUUCUCAUACCAAAUACGUCAGGGCACGUUAGCCCUUUUCGUUACAAAGGCUUGACUCAAGAUUCGGAGCAAGCGACACCGCUAUCUUCUUUGCAUCUGGCACGAAGCACAUGUACUUUGAGUGCCUGGAUUCACUCGGACAGCGGAGAUUCAUUCAUUCCACCGUUUUA